GGGGAUCCCAGAGCCAGCCCGGCGGUGGCCCUCCGCCCGCCGGCUGCCGCGUCGCGCGGCCAAGGUCAGAGGCGCCGCAGGAGCAGCAGCAGCGAACUAAAGAGGGUCAAUCCUGGCCGCGGGGAGAAAGCGCGGGGCGCGUUCUGCCCGCACCAGCAGCCGCCAGGGAGGGAGGCGAGCGAAGGUCUCCGGGCCGGCCGCGCCCAACCGAGACAGUCGCCGGCGCAGCGACCCGGCAGGUGCCGCCCUGGGUCCGUAGGCCCGGAGCCCGUCCUCCGCCUUCCGCUCCCGGGCGCUGUCCGCCGCCCCCUGGUGCUGAACCCAGCCCCGCCGCCGCGCGGCCUGCUCACCCUCCUUCUCACCUACAGAUCGCCUUGAUUUGGGGGCGGGGCAGAGGCAAAAGGGGGCUCCUGGGCAACAGCUCACUGGAGCGGAGAGGUUGGAGCCGGAGAGCCAGCGAACGGCAGCCUGGCCGCUGGUCCUGAUGUGCGGAGGACGCGCGCGCUGCAGCCGCGGGCGGCGCUAGUGCUGAUUCAUCACCUAGAGCGCCUCUCAGGCCACCACGAGGGCAACCGACCGGCUCGGGACUCUGGCCGCAGGUUGAAGCCGCUGGUGCAGGAGCCUCGCGGGCAGGAGGUGAGGACCCCCUCCCUUCUCUUGCCCCCGAUCGUCUUAGGGAGAUAGACAGAGAAGAGGGGCGUGCCCCUCGGCUGUCUAGCAGGCAUGCCUGUGUGCUGUCCCCGCCUCCAGUUUCACCGGUGCUAACCACGCUGGUUCCCCUCCGCCCGUCUCCGGAGCUUGGGUCAUUCCACCCCGGGACCUGAGCAGCUCGCCCUGCCCGCGCAGCCAUGGAGGAGGAGCUGAAGUGCCCUGUGUGCGGCUCCCUGUUUCGGGAGCCCAUCAUCUUGCCCUGUUCCCACAACGUUUGCCUGCCUUGCGCUCGUACCAUCGCAGUGCAGACCCCGGACGGUGAGCAGCACUUGCCCCAGCCGCUCCUGCACCCCCGGGGCUCCGGACUGCCCGCGGGCGCCGCCGCCGCGCCCCCUCCAGACCAUGACGCGGCAGCUGGCCCGGCCUGCAGCGGCGGUGGCGGGAGCACAGCUGGCGGCCUGGGCGGCGGUGCGGGAGGUGGCGGGGACCACGCGGACAAGCUGAGCUUGUACAGUGAGACAGACAGCGGUUAUGGCUCCUACACCCCGAGCCUCAAGUCCCCCAACGGGGUUCGCGUGCUGCCCAUGGUGCCCGCGCCGCCCGGCUCCUCUGCCGCCGCGGCCCGGGGUGCUGCCUGCUCUUCGCUGUCCUCGUCUUCCAGCUCUAUCACGUGCCCGCAGUGCCAUCGCAGCGCCUCCCUUGACCACCGCGGCUUGCGCGGCUUCCAGCGCAACCGGCUGCUCGAGGCCAUCGUGCAGCGGUACCAGCUUGGCCGCGGGGCGGUGCAGGGGGCGUCCGCAGCCCCUGCUGUGGCCAUCUGCCAGUUGUGCGACCGCACCCCGCCGGAGCCGGCCGCUACGCUCUGCGAGCAGUGCGACGUGCUCUACUGCGCUGCCUGCCAGCUAAAGUGCCAUCCAUCCCGGGGACCCUUCGCUAAGCAUCGUCUGGUGCAACCGCCACCGCCCCCGGCUCCCGCCGAGGCCACCUCUGUGUCCCCAGGUGCGGCCCAGGGCGCCCCCAGUGGAGGAGGAGGCUGCAAGAGUCCUGGGGGUGCCGGGGCCGGAGCAGCAGGGGGCGUCGCAGCCCGCAAGUUCCCUACGUGCCCGGAGCACGAAAUGGAGAACUACAGUAUGUACUGCGUGAGCUGCCGAACCCCGGUGUGCUACCUGUGCUUGGAAGAGGGCCGGCACGGCAAGCACGAGGUGAAGCCGCUGGGAGCCAUGUGGAAACAGCAUAAGGCCCAGCUGUCUCAGGCCUUAAAUGGAGUCUCCGACAAGGCAAAAGAAGCGAAGGAAUUCCUGGUUCAGCUGAAGAACAUUCUGCAGCAGAUCCAGGAAAACGGACUGGACUAUGAAGCCUGCCUGGUCGCUCAGUGUGACGCGCUGGUCGAUGCUUUAACUCGGCAGAAAGCCAAGCUGCUCACCAAGGUCACUAAGGAGAGAGAGCACAAGCUGAAGAUGGUUUGGGACCAGAUCAAUCACUGCACACUGAAGCUGCGCCAGUCGACAGGGCUAAUGGAGUACUGCCUGGAGGUGAUCAAGGAGAAUGACCCCGCUGGGUUCCUCCAGGGCCACGUGCCAGGGUCUGAAUGGGCAGAACUUUCCAGCAGAAGAAGCAGAGCUGAGGUGUACGUCGGCAAGGAGACCCUGUGCACCAUCGACGGUCUCCAUUUCAACAGCACCUACAACGCCAGAGUCAAGGCUUUCAACUCCUCUGGCGUCGGGCCCUACAGUAAAACUGUGGUCUUGCAGACGUCCGACGUGGCCUGGUUCACCUUUGACCCCAACUCUGGGCACCGGGAUAUCAUUUUAUCCAACGACAACCAGACGGCCACCUGCAGCAGCUAUGACGACCGGGUGGUGCUGGGCACGGCAGCGUUCUCCAAGGGUGUGCACUACUGGGAGCUGCAUGUGGACCGCUACGACAACCACCCGGACCCCGCCUUCGGGGUGGCCCGGGCCAGCGUGGUCAAGGACAUGAUGCUGGGGAAGGACGACAAGGCCUGGGCCAUGUACGUGGAUAACAACCGCAGCUGGUUCAUGCACUGCAACUCCCACACCAACAGGACGGAAGGCGGUGUGUGCAAGGGGGCCACCGUCGGUGUGCUGCUGGACUUGAAUAAACACACUCUCACCUUCUUCAUCAACGGGCAGCAGCAGGGCCCCACGGCCUUCAGCCACGUGGAUGGCGUCUUCAUGCCCGCCCUCAGCCUCAACCGCAACGUGCAGGUCACCCUGCACACUGGACUGGAAGUGCCCACAAAUCUGGGGCAGCCAAAGCUGUCAGUCAACUAGUCCCCAGCUCAGCUCUACACGGGCGUCUGGGACAAGCCCACCACCCCUCACUAUGUUCAGUAAGCACGAGGGCAGGACGACCAUGUCACGGUGCGACCCAGGAGCCACUGAGUAUCUUAGAGACAUGUUUUCUUUAGGGGACGGACAAUGGGUCUGCCAGCCAGGCCUGCUGAGGCCACUGUCGGCAGUGCGCAUGGGCGUGUGUUCUCCCUUUCGUCCCACCUGGACGGUUCACAUACUCGCCAAGAAGGACCUUGCUCUUGUGAGUGAGAAAGCAUCGGCGUUUACGGUUUCGUUUCCUGCCAUCUGUUUUCAAAGCUUGUCUUUUGUCUUUUGGGGAGGAGGGUGAGAGGAGAACAGACUUGGUGCCUGGCAUACUGAGAGCAGGAGGCAGGAGACUCUUGGAACCCAAUGUCCCAAGUGUACACCCUUCACUGGUGUCACUCCUUCAGGCCCAAGCUUGCAGGUUCCCGCCUUUGUCAGGGAAAGUUCUCCUUUAGCUCUUUGGUCCUGGAGGCUUCAGUAUGUUCUGCCACUUGCAGACCUGACCCAGGAUCCACAGAAAGGGACGCUAAUCAUUCAUCUUUGCCUCUCGUUGAACUGUUGAGAACCUUUAAAAAUGGUUUCUUUAGGUCCUUCAUCUCUCUCUCUCUCUCUCUCUCUCUCUCUCAAUAGUCUGCUAAUAUUAAUUCACUCAGUUCUUAGUUCUUAAACGCAAAAGAAAACAUUGGAAUUGGAAUUGGAAUGACUAUGUGACAAGUCUUCACCUGCUGGUGGCUUUUUUUCUGGAACUGGCCCCCCAAAAGGUCACCUGCAAACCUGUCUGAGUUGCUCUUCUGAGCUGUGCCAUGCCUAGACUCAGAACAUACAAGAUGGGGGGCCCUGGGAGCCUCUUAGGGACAUGGCACCUUUGUUUUGAGACCCAUCCUACUGUCAUCACAAGAGCACCAUGAAAGCAAGAAGUAACCCCAAAGGUGGCAGGACCUGUGAAGAGGCAGGAAAUAGAUAGCAAUAUUAUGUUCAUUGUCUCCCAGUUUCCCAGCACAAGCAUGGGGUGAGCCCUCACCUCCUUGCUGGGAACACUAACCUUCUUCCCUGAGAUCCACGUUGAGUCAUGUCCAUCUCUCGGAAAGACAGCUCGUCCUCAGCUCUGAGCCUGGAGCCUGCUGUGGUCCUGUCCCAGAGCACCUUUCUCCUCCUCCACCUCCUUCUUCCUUGUCACAUGCCACCUCCAUCUCCCUCUAGUAGCAAACCUUUCUCUCUCCUUUUUACAAGAAUAUAUUUUAUCAAGCAUUUUAUUUGUGAGGUUGAGGAAUACCUUGUCUAUUUGCUGGAUUGGAUUUUUAUAAAACCUAGCCCGUAAACCGGCACCAACUGUGUUUACUUGCUUCUAGCUGCUUGUUUAGACACUGCGCUUGCUUUCUGAGUGCCCCACCGGUGCUGUGGAGGUCUGACCCUCUAUUCAGCAGAUCCGACAAUCCUACCUCGAAGCCUGGGCCUCAAGGCUGCUUGUCCAGCUGUGUCCACAGGAGUGGCCGGCUGGACCAGCUGCCCGGUGGCUUCAGGAGCUGUCUGGUGCUGUGUUUAAGCCUUGACUGCUGAGGUCCUGGCACCCAGGGCUGCCCUGGGCUGCCACGUGUCCUCGUCUGUGCAGCUGCCUCUCUCUUCUCUGCCCCCACGUCCCUUAGUUUCACUCCCUAGCCAAAGCUCUGAGUGGACUCUGGAGGGUGGGGAAGAUUCCUGAAGAUCAGAGGACACAGCGGAACUAUGGCUUCCUGGAGCCGCGGAAAUCACGGCUGACAAGUCCAGGUUCAUCGGCUUUGGGAAAAGACGAAGCCACCACACAGGCAGUAAAAUAGCUGCUGGGAAGGAGGGCUAGAAAGGGCUGCCUGGCAGAAGUGACUUUUCACAUGGGAUCUGGAUGAAAGUUGGGGAGCUCCCAGAAUCCUCAAAGCCACAGCGUCACCGGGCAGGCCUGGCUCGUCACCACUGAACAGGAGCUGCUUGGUGUCACCCUCAGGAGAACCAGCAUCUAGGUCAGAUGAGAAGCAGAAAAGGGAGAAGGGAAGUUCCCACAAUUUCAGGUGGCCUCUUUAGGGAGAAAAUUACCUAGAGUUCAGAGAGAAGCCACCAAAACUCCCUGUCGCCCCCUCCUUCCAUCAAGCGGUCAGCAGCCCCAGGAGGUCCUAUGGGUGCCGGAGUGGGCACGGUUCUACCUUUUCCAAAGCCUCCAGGAGCCCAGAAGCAAUACGGCUGAUACCAGGGACAAUGUUAGGCUGUCCUACAGCCCCCUCUCCUGUCUUCAGCACAAAACACUUUUCAGGGACAAGAAUGGACCUAAGAGAGAAGGCAGGUCCAUGCUACACACUUGUGUUUUAAAGGACCAGUGACAUGGAGCAGGAAUGCAUCGGCUCCUUGUGGCCUUAUGUCACCCUCCCAGGAGGCCCUGGGAAUUGGAGGAGAAGCCACGGGCCGUGGUGUCUCAUCUACCAUUGAAUUUCCUGUUCCUUUACAAUGUGGUCACAUUUUUGUACAUAAGAGUUAUAUCAAAAUGAUGCUUUUGUUGGGCUGGCUGAGGAAUAACUUGGUGUCCACCUAUCAAGCAGUUUCAGUGAGAAAGGAAUUCAGUGACUGGACAUGUCAGUUUCUACCGCCUUGUAAAUAACGCCUCUGUGACGUGGCUCUGCAGUUUGUUCUUCGCUGGUGAGCAAGUUUGGUCAGUCUAUGUCUUUCCUUUUAGAAUUAAUCUCUUAAAAGUUUCCAAAAGCAUCUCACUGCAUAGCCUCCUAGCUCCUAAUUCAAAGCAAGGCAUUAUACACAGCCUUGCUUUCCCCCUUUCUGCCCAGUGUAAUGAUCCCAAUUAAAGCGACGUCAGUAGUACUGUCCCACAAAGGAACUGACCUAUAAAACUGGACGCAGUUGGAGGCUGACUGCUCAGCCCGGUGAGGUCUGCAGUUGUGACAGCGCCCUCUAGCGCCCAUGGCCCAUCAUGGUGGGGAGGGUCAUUUUUCCAGAUGAGCAUGGGCCAAACGCGUUCACUAGGGCCCCGGGCACCGGCUGCGGAUCCUCCUUGUUCUUCGCCGUCUGCCGCCCAGAGCACUCUCAGGAAAGCGUUACAAUGCAGAACCUAUAUGCACUUUCUCCAGGCAUGUUUGCAUUUCAGCCUUAAUU